CGAUAGUAACUGAUAGAGGGAAAAGGGAUCCCCUUUGUCUUCGAUUCUAACACUCUGGGGGGAAAAGCGAUCUUCACAUCGCCUUCUUCUUCAGGUUCCGAUCGCCAAUAGACAGAGAAUUCACAAUGUCACGAAGAUAUGAUAGCCGUACAACAAUCUUCUCUCCGGAAGGCCGUCUGUAUCAGGUUGAAUAUGCAAUGGAGGCAAUUGGGAAUGCUGGGAGUGCCAUAGGCAUAUUAUCCAAAGAUGGAGUUGUUUUGGUUGGCGAAAAGAAGGUCACUUCCAAGCUUCUGCAAACAUCAACCUCCACUGAGAAGAUGUACAAGAUUGAUGACCAUGUGGCAUGUGCUGUUGCCGGAAUAAUGUCAGACGCCAACAUCCUCAUCAACACAGCCAGGGUCCAGGCUCAGCGAUACACUUACGCUUACCAAGAACCGAUGCCCGUGGAACAACUCGUCCAGUCACUGUGUGACACCAAACAAGGCUACACCCAGUUUGGUGGGCUCCGUCCCUUUGGGGUGUCCUUCCUCUUCGCAGGGUGGGACAAGAACUACGGGUUCCAGAUGUACAUGAGUGACCCAAGUGGGAACUAUGGGGGCUGGAAGGCUGCUGCCAUUGGGGCAAACAAUCAGGCUGCGCAGUCAAUGCUGAAACAGGACUACAAGGACGAGAUCAUGAGGGAAGAAGCAGUCCAGCUUGCUCUCAAAGUGCUUAGCAAGACAAUGGAUAGCACGAGUCUUACCUCCGAGAAGCUCGAACUGGCUGAAGUUUUCCUUUGCAAGGAUAAAGUUAAGUACUUGGCUCACUCACCUGAGUCUCUGAAUAAGUUGCUUGCGAAGCUUGGCUUGACCCAACCCACUGUGGAGGAGACCUAAAGCACUCUGCUUACUGUUGUUCUUCUAUUCCCUCUGUUUUCUGCUCUACAAUAUAUUCUGGAUUGAGUGUGAGAUGCACUCAUUUAAAUUGUUGGAAUUGGUUUGCAAUAACUUCUUUAUCUGAAU